AUGGCUUUAGACCUCAGAAUCUCAUUUCAGGGAGAACCAUCUAGGAAUGAUCCUGGAUCAGAAAACCUAGAGCAUAAACCCUGUCAAAGACAAGCCAUUCAGGAGGAAGAGGAGAUCUGGGAGUUCCCGAGGACUCAGCUCAGUUUAUUACAAAACAAUAAUAACUUAUGUGCAAGGCAGGAACUGCAAAAUCUCUAUAAGUUAUUUCACUCAUGGCUGCAGCCAGAAAAACACAGCAAGGAUGAAAUUAUUUCUCAUUUGGUCCUGGAACAGUUUAUGAUCAAUGGCCACUGCAGUGACAGGGCCAUGUUGAAAGAGAAAUGGAAUGCCAGUGGCAGAAACCUGGGGAAAUUCAUGGAAGAUCUGACUGACGAUGGCAUGAAGCCACCUGGAUUAGUCCACAUCCAUAUGCAGGGACAAGAAGCCCUCUUUUCUGAGAAUAUACCCUUAAGAGAAGUCAUUGUUUAUUUCACGAAACAGUUGUCAGCAGGGACCUCAACAGAAGAGAACAUGGGGACACCCUCCUGGACUCCCCAAGAUACUUCCCUGGAAACAGGACAAGGAGAGAAAGCUAACGAAAAUGGCGACAACAUUUAUCCCAUAAAUGACAGUAUUACCAGUCAAAGCAGUGAAAUACCUUCCCUUCUCAUUAUCCGGGAAGAGGACAGUGUUUCUUUGAAGAGUCCGCUUAGCUCCAGAAGAGCAGCUCUAGGCACAUCCGGGUCCCAGGAAGGGGCCCUGGAAGGACCCUUCUAUCAAGAUGUCCUUACAGAGGGGGGACCAGGGUUUCUCUCUCAGCCGGUCAAGGUCACCCCUGAGGCUGUUCCUACACACCAGAGAACAGAGGGGAAAUCCCCACGUGGAGGACAGCAAGGAGGAUGCCGUGAAACCCAAAAGUCAUACAGAUGUGAAAAGUGUCCUAGGUUCUUCAGGUAUCUCUCUCAGCUACAAUCCCAUCAGAGAAGACAUAAGAACGAGAGGACAUUUACUUGUGCUGAGUGUGACAAAGGCUUCUUCCAAGCGUCAGACCUACACGUGCAUCAGAAGAUUCAUGCAGGAGAGAAGCCUUUCACGUGCAGCAUGUGUGAAAAAUCCUUCAGCCACAAAACCAACCUUCUGGCCCAUGAGAGAAUUCACACAGGAGAGAAGCCCUACGAGUGCUCCCUCUGCCACAGAAGCUACCGCCAGUCAUCGACCUACCACCGCCAUCUGAAGACUCACCAAAAGAGGGCCUCCAGAGGGCUUCCUUCCACACCAGGAGCUUCCUCAGGGGCAGCCCCAGUGGAAUGA